UGGAGGUACUGACAUUGACAGGGCAAUUUUGUCAAAAUUCCCUUUUCAAUAUUUUCUACUGAAAGUCAAAACAGGGGAAAAAAUAAGUAGACUUUAGAAUAUUUACAAUAAAAAUCAAUUGUUCGCAAUAUUUUCUCUAUAUUUAUGUUUCUUUUUAAAAGAGGUCAAAAAGUGGGUGGACCUAGUCAACUAAUUGGACAGUGUUUUAGUGUUAUGCAGGUGAAAUUAACAUUUCUGAUGAUGAAAAAUGAAGGGGGUCGAUAAUUCACCAGCUGAUCGCGAAGGGAUGACAAACAAACCAAUAAUAACAUGUGCUGGAGAUUGGAACUUAUUCUGUACCUUAGAAGCACCUUUAGUGGCUGCCAUUCCUCAAGAUUCGUGUGAGUGGCGGAGGUCUUACGGUCGUAUCACUAAGUUUGUUUAUUUGGAAGGGUCUUUUGUAAAGUUUAAUAAGGAUAAAAACCAGUCAGAAUUAAACCUACUAAAGAGACCUAUAUUCCACAUUUAUUGGACAGAUUGUGUGGAUAUAGAAUAUUAUAAAACAACACUCAGAGAAGAUAUUGAAGCAUGGCUCAAAUAUUUAGAGAAAAACAAUAUAGCAGACUGGAUGAUAGUUUUAGUAGAGACUUACGAUAUAAGAAAAGCAAACAAAUUACUGCCAAGGACUACCGUUUUAGAUAAAAUAAAAGGAGAUUUUGCAGUUAAACAGACAGAGGAUAGAUUUAUUUCAGUUAUUAAUCCAAUUAAGUCAGAAGCAAGGAGUGCCGAGUCCUGGCGUACUUUGGUGGCGAAAUUGAGGCAUUUUGUUUUGGUGGCAUAUAAUAAAUCACUAAUAAAGUUUGAAGAGUACAUGAGAGAACAGAGAGAAAAGAGAAAUGAUCCUGAAUGGGAUUUUUGUAAAUAUUUUAUUUUACAAGAACAAUUAGCAUUUGUACUUGAAAUGCUUGGUCUCUAUGAAGAGGCUCUUGUGCAAUAUGAUGAAUUGGAUGCUUUAUUUUCCCAAUUUGUACUCAAUUCUAAUGUAGCAGAGAGUCCAAAAUGGCUUGAAACUUUCAAACAACCAGUAACAUCCUGGCAAGCAGUAAGACUGACAGCAUUAGUACCACAGAAUUUAAGAGAAUUAAUUAUUAAGAAAAAGGCAUCUCUAUUAGACUUUAGAAGUUAUUUAUUCCAACGACAAAGUGCCAUGUUAUUACUUACUUUUAAGCCAUGGGAGAUCGCGUCCCGUUGUCUCACAACAGUUCACAAUACACUAGUAGAGCUAACGUUACUCGGAGCGCACGCGGUCGACGGAGCGGCCGCGUGUUGGGCGCACUUGGCUUGCGUGGAGACGCUACGUGCGUGCGAGCGACUCGCCUCUACCAAUCAAGCGCUUGAAGCUUGUACUGCUAUGCACGCUCCCUUGUUACAUAACGCUAAAGAUAAGUUGCAUGAGCUUGGUAAGCUUUGCGGCCUGCUGCCUGGUUCACCAGACCCAACGUCUGAACAAUUACACCUGGUUGUGAUGUUGUCUGCUGGGAUGGGUGACAGUGAACCCAAUAAUCAGCAGAGUCCCACAGAUAGACUGAAAGAAGCAUUAUGCAGUAAACACAGUUUCCAGCAAUACUACUUGGAACUUGCAGAGCUCGCAAUGGGCACAUACAAACAUAUUGGAAGAUUAAGAUUUGCCCGUCACAUCGGUCGCGACCUAGCGUCGUUCUACUCCGAGCUGGGGGAGACGAGCAAGGCCGUCGUGUUCCUGACGGACGCGCUGCGCUCCUACGAGGAGCAGGGUUGGCGCGAGCUGGCGGCGCAGACGCGCCUCGAGCUCAUCGCGGCCGCGCACAAGAUGAACGACGUCGACAGAUAUACAAAGCUCUCUGCUAGAAUAGCUAGUACAGCCGAAUUGGAGAUUCUAGUCAGAAAUUUUUAUUUCGAAGAAAUGUUGAAAACCAUAAGAGAAAAACUUGCUGAUAAAGAAGAACCAGUACUAACGGAGCUCAAUGACUGUUUUCAAAUAGUCUCCGCAACAUUACUGCCGUCCGAACGUUGUGUUUAUAUAACUGAUAAUAAGAUUCAAUGCCGUUUUGUUGUUGAGAGUCACAUGCCCAGAGAGGUAUCUUGUACUCGGGCGGCGAUUAACGUAGAAGUAUUCGAAGACAAACAAACGGAAAAAAGGACACCGGUGAAGAAUAAUAAGACUGAUUUAAGUGUUAGUGUAAGUUCACAGUCCAACUCUCCGAGAAAAUCGACUCCUGAUAGUACAUCUGAAAAUGAAUCGAAUAGUUUAGUUACUAGUAUAAGACUAAAUGAUCUAAAGCCCAAAAACCCGUUGCUAAAUCCAAUGAACAUAACAUCAAAGUUACAUUAUAAAGAGGACAAAACACUCCAAAAAGCAACUGUAGAAUUUCAAAACCCAAAAGUCACCCUCAAAAGAUCUGAUAGCAGUAAAUAUAGAAAACCUUCAGCCACAGUAAAGAAUAAUUACGAAACUUGUUUUUCUGCCACUGAUAUUGUAUUAAAACCGGGAUUAAAUGAAAUCACUGUUGAGUAUAUUGCGAAAAAAUGUGGCAAAUUUAAGCUAGGACAAGUUUCGUUGCUAGUAGAGGGUAAAUUAGAGUUUUUAUCCAAUGCACUUAUUGCUACUAAGAUGGGUUAUGAGGUGGAAACGCAGGGUGUUACCGUUUAUUUGAAUAAAGUUGAACCUAAAAAGGACUUGGUGGCAGGAAUAGAACAGCAAAUGGAAUUAGUGGUCAAUAGUGGAAGUUCUAAGAUUCAAGAGAACGCGUCAAUAGUCUUGCGAACUUCGACUGGUCUACAAAUACGACUGACAGAUGACAAGUCUCAGAUGUCCCGUGAAAUAUCCGUUCCUAUUGAGGCAAUAGAUCCAUUCCAAACGACUAAAAUACAGCUUCGUUUGUUCUCAAACUUACAACCAAAGAGGGAGAAGAAUAUUGAACAUAUGGUAUGGUUAACCUGUCCAUGGUGGGAUGCGGCCAUGGAAGUACCUCUACACUUCGUACCACCUAUGUCAGCCUCCUGGCGACUCCUGACCUCCAACACCAGGAAACUGAUCCAUGUGACCCUUAAAUCUUCUGUGGUACAUCCAAUGCGUUUUUCGCUCUCAAAUCCAACCCUAGACUGCGGUGCGAAUAACAAUGUGUCCGAUUUGAAUCCAAAGAAUGCCGGAGAUCUGAUUGUCGAUUCAGAUGGUACAACUGCAUCAUUCAUGUGGGAGUUGCUUAAAGACCCUCUGGUAAAAGCAGUACCAAUGAAAGCCACGUUUGCAGUCAACUAUAGCCUUACUAAAGAUGGACCUUCUAGAAGGUUCUGUUGUCCAUUCGACAUACAGGAUUAUACUACGCUUUUCGUCAUUAGGACGAAAUUGGAGCCGGGGAAAGGCUCUGAUUUUUGCAGAGCAUCUCAAGUUUGUUGUUUACAUCUUACAGUGCAAAGGGUCAACGAAACUGAACACACGUCUCUCAUGUAUGAAGUGCUGGCUGACCAAACUAUGUGGGCAGUGCUCGGUCGUACUGCAGGGGUAAUAACGAUGGAGUCGCGGUCGGCAGAAGGGCAGAGUGUAUCAUUAGAUGUAAUGCCGUUGGGUGCUGGUUACCUGCCACUGCCCGCUGUACGUCUCUCCAAAUACAUCGCUGCUAACACCAGAGAUCCAAAGAAAGAUAUAUCAGCGCAUCCAAGGCUAGAACCAUUCAGCCCCGGGCAAGUAUACCACGCGGGCAAAGCCAAACAGAUACACGUACUGCCUCCGGCUCCGAAGGACCAUGUCGAUAUAAACAUGUGAUUUUGUAUUAACAGUCCUUAAAUUGCAGAAAAUGAAAAAUCUUUUAGUUUUUAUAUGACUGGUUUCGAUAAAAUUUUGAAAUGUUUCGUGCUGUUCUGUAACGGGCUAGGGUUGUUCAUUAAAUACGUACGCAUUUAA